AUGGCUGCUUCCGACAUGACAAGCUGCAUGAUGGUCGCCGGAGCCACCGCCUGGAUCGUGUGGCAGAAACUAGAUAUGUUGCUUCCUGACCCGGUGUGCGUUGAGUGCUUCCGGAUGCAAGCCAGCGCGGAGGACGCCAAGGCGAAGCUGGCCACGAUCCAAGACUUCAUCUCCACUCAAUACGGGCCGUCCAAAACCACGGAGUGGUUGGGGCGGCUCCUCCAAGCCCUGUACUACGCUGAGGAAUUCAUCGACAAAUUCCACCUCAGAGAGGCCCGGGAGAGGCACGAGGCCCUGCGCAUGGCAGCAAGGCCGUUGGCCGCGCUCGUCUCCAAGUGCAAGCUAUGGAGGGACUUGUCCAUUCUUGUAAAAAAGAUGGACGAGUUGUGUGAUGAAAAGUUCUUGAAGGAGGAGGCUGAGGGCAAGAGGAUAAAGGAACCUGCUAUUUCCUCCUCUGCUAGUGUUCCAUGGCAAGGCAAAAAACUGGCGAGGCUGACUAGUUUCUGGGAUGGGCAAGUGCCAACUAACUUCUUAUGUCGCCAGGAUGAGAAAAAUGAAAUAAUGAGUCGGAUCAAAAUCAAAUCGGGUUGGACUGCAUGGACUUCGAUUUGGGGCGAGCAAGGCACCGGCAAGACGUUCCUGGCGAGAUGGGUCUACAGCCAAGUGAAGUACAUGGGCUAUGAGUGGCGCAAUUGGGUCCACGUCUCGGGCUGCUUGGACGAGCGGGAGUUCCUGUUUAAUAUACUGAAGCAAGCCGGGAAGGUAGCGAGGGGCAUGAAAGACAUGGAGAUCAAGGAGAUAAUGAUCAUGCUGCGCCAGGAAUUGACUGAGAAGAAGAAAUUCCUCAUAGUGCUGGAUGAUGUGCGGCCAUCCGACAAGCAACUCCUGCAAGUGUUAGCGAUUAGCAUCCCGCUUUUCUCAGAUGGCCACAUAAUUACAACAACUCAGGACGGCAAGAUAGCCAGGUGGACGGAUACACCCAAGGCAAAUCCGAUCAGUCUAAAAAACUUGAGCAAUGAAGAAAGCCGGAAGAUGCUCGCUUGGAAGCUGCAUGGAGUACCCGAAGCUCAUAGACUCUCAAAGGAGGAGAAGGAUAUCCUAGACAAGUUUCGUGGCUUGCCGCUUCACAUAUCCUUACUUGGCGGGUUUCUGUCAAAUGCUGGAGAGCGUGAACGCACAGCGUUGGCGGAACAGGGUUUCAAGUUUGAUAUACUACAACUGAGUUGCCAUAGAUUGCCGGUCCAUCUAAAACCGUGCUUCAUCUGCAUGGCUUUGUUCCCCGUUGAAUUCCUUAUUCCGACAAGAAGGCUAGUGAGGCUGUGGUUGGCCAAGGGCUUACUGGAUUCGUGUUGUUACGGCAGAGAAAGGGAAAGGAUAAGGCAGCCUGAGGAUGUGGGAGAGACGUUCAUUCUGGAGCUUGCAGAUAGGAACGUGAUCGAUGUAGUGAGCUGGAGGGCGGAUGGAUCCCCCAAAUCUUGCCAAAUGGAUCCCCCAAAUCCGCCCCAUCGCAAUGAGGAUGGGGUUUUUCCACAUACAUGA